AAGAAGCGGAAGAACAUGGCAAGGCAGCGACAUAAACAAGAAAGCUGAGAGAGAGAGACAAAGAAAAAGUCCAAGAAACAAGUCACUGUUACUGGCGUUUCUAUCACCUUGACUUUUUCUUGUAUCUUUCGAGGAAAUUACUAGCUUCAAAUUGGAAAAUUAUGUCCAUAGCCACCACCUUCUAAUUACCCUUCAAUCGAAAAAAACCAAAACAGGUGGUUAGACAUGGGAAAUUGUUUCGGAUCUCCUGUGAAUAAUCACAACAGCCCAGCCACUACCAAUCAUUCUACACCAGAAACCUCAGGGAAUCACAAUAGCAAACAACCUGGAAUUCCGAGUAGCAGAACCAAUAAUAACAGCCCAGAAAAUGGAGGAAGCAACAACAAAAACCAAACGACGACGACGACGAUGACGACGUCUACUCACAGCGGGAAGAUCAUCACCCCGAAUCUUAAAAUUUUCACUCUAGCAGAGCUAAAAAGCGCUACGAGGAACUUCAGACCUGAUACAUUCCUAGGAGAGGGUGGAUUUGGAAGAGUGUUUAAAGGUUGGAUUGAUGAGAAGACUUACGCACCGUCGAAAGUAGGCGUCGGCAUUGCGGUCGCCGUCAAGAAGUCCAACUCAGAUAGCCAUCAAGGGCUAGAAGAAUGGCAGUCAGAAGUGAAAUUUCUUGGCAAGUUUUCACACCCAAAUCUUGUGAAGCUCCUAGGUUAUUGUUGGGAAGAAAAACAGUUCCUUCUUGUCUAUGAAUACAUGCAGAAGGGAAGCUUGGAAAACCACCUAUUCAGAAAGGGUGCAGAGCCACUUACAUGGGAUCUUAGACUUAAAGUAGCAAUUGGAGCAGCUCAAGGCCUUGCCUUCUUGCACAACUCAGAAAAGAGUGUCAUAUACAGGGACUUUAAGACCUCUAAUAUUUUGUUGGAUGAGGACUACAACGGUAAACUUUCAGACUUCGGAUUGGCCAAAUUGGGCCCAGUAAAUGGCAACUCUCACGUUACAACUCGGGUCAUGGGCACAUAUGGCUACGCAGCCCCUGAAUAUGUCGCCACAGGGCAUUUGUACGUGAAGAGUGAUGUUUAUGGGUUUGGUGUUGUCCUGCUGGAAUUGUUAACGGGCCUCAGAGCACUUGACACCAACCGGCCUACGGGCGAGUACAAUUUGGUAGAUUGGGCCUUGCCAUCUCUUUCAGAUAAAAGGAAACUGAAAAAGAUUAUGGACCCCAGGCUUGAAGAACAGUACCCAAUGAAAGGUGCAAUGCAAGCGGCUGACCUUAUAACACACUGCUUGGAAUCCGACCCCAAAAUAAGACCUUCCAUGGAUGAAGUCUUGGACAGCUUAGAAAAGAUAUAUGCCAUCAAAGAUAAACCUAAACAGAGCAAAGUGAAGAACAAAAAACAGGGUAAUAAUAUUAACUGGAGACAAGAACAGCAUUCAGCCCAUCCUCUUCGGUCUCCUCUGCACUCCAAGCAUGGCGGUUAUGGGAAUGGAGGUUCAGCUUACCCUGCUUCAGUUAGAUCUACCUGAUUCUGAUGCAGAUAUUGUAUGUAUUGCUGUUGCUAUAAAGUUUUUCCUCUUGCAAAUUUGGACUCUUGAACAUAGCUGAAAUAUACGAAAGAAGUACCAAAGUCCACUCUUUGAUAAUUGAUAGUAGAGGCCCAAUCUUUAGCUUAAAAAGUCUCAUGGCUUUUUAUUAGAGGUGAUAAUUGAUAGAAGAGGCUACCCUUUCUUUUGUAUUUUUUUUUUUUUUUCAUUCUUUUUUUUUUUUCAUGGUGGAGGAGAAGAAAAACAAUGAUUCUGAAUUGUGACAAUAGAGUGCUGAGUUACAAGUGCAAAAUUCUGAAUGGGAAUUCAGUGUGUUAUGUUAGAAAUAGCUUAGCUUUUAACAAUUAUAAGUAUUAUCCCAAAGUCGAACCUAUCAUUGUGGACAAUAAUGGCAUGGUCCAUUAUUGCAGAUUCGUAUGCUUCUUUCCCUGGAAACUUUGACUAUCAAUUAACAAGUUUUCAAGAUUAAUAUACAAAACUUCCAUUUAUAUA